CAUUAUGUUUUUACUGAUAGGGACGUUCUCUACCUUACGAUGUAAUAUAUAUUUACAUAUUUAAGAGAAAUUCUUGUUCCAUGGUUGUUAGUGAUUCGAUAGCGACAAACAAUAUUAAAUAUUAAGUAAGUAAAAGUAAAGUUUUCAUUAAGCAUUAAUCUUUAUCGUUGAAAAAUUAGAAUAUGGGAGAACGAUACAACAUUCAUAGUCAGUUGGAGCAUUUGCAAUCAAAGUAUAUUGGCACAGGGCAUGCUGACACAACCAAGUUUGAAUGGCUUGUAAAUCAGCAUCGUGAUUCUUGCAGUUCUUACAUGGGGCAUUAUGAUCUGUUAAAUUUCUUCGCUAUCGCGGAAAACGAAGCAAAAGCCCGUGUUCGAUUUAAUCUUAUGGAAAAAAUGCUACAGCCUUGCGGACCGCCUCCAGAGAAACCAGAAGAUUAAUCAGUUCGAUAGAGCGCAUGUUACAUUCAUAUUGUAAAAUCUAUACGCGCGGUUGAAAAUUAUUUUAUUAUGGACUAGUAAAGUUUCUUUUUGUUUUCAUCGUAGAAAAAAAGAUUGGUUUCGAUUAAAUAAUAUAUUGAAAUUAUUUUUGUACGUGCGAUAAAAUGAAUUUCGUAUAUUAAUAAGGUUUUAACAUAACCCCUAUAAAUAAGCAUAUAUAAAAGCUUAA